AUGACAGAAGUUUAUUUUGUUACUGGAGCUAAUCGUGGUAUCGGUUAUGCAGUCGUUGAAGAAUUAUCCAAAAGAUCAAAUGUCAAAAUCAUUGCAACAGUACGUAGCAUUGAGAAGGCUGAAAAUCUUAUCCUGUUGAAAAACAAGACAGGUAAUGUUGAAAUUGUCUCCCUUGAUGUUUCUUCUGAAGAAAGCGUGGAUGCUUUAGAUGAGCAAUUGCAAAAGGUUGCACCAGAUGGAAUUGAUGUGUACAUUUCAAAUGCGGCUCACUUUGAUUGUUUGUACACUGUCAAGGAUGCACCCCGCCAUAUUUGGAUUAACCAUUAUAAGACCAAUGUGUUAGGUCCAAUUUUAGUUUAUCAAGUCUUGUACCCAUAUCUUGUGAAGAAAGAAACAAGAAAAAUAAUCUUCAUUUCAAGUCUGGGAGGCUCAAUAGGUCAAUAUUUCCCAUUGUCAAUUUCAGCAUACGGGCAAUCUAAGGCUGCUUUGAACUACACUGGAAAAGAACUUAGUAGUGAAUUGGAAGCAGAAAACUUCAUUGUGAUCUCCCUUCAUCCGGGAGUUGUAGCCACUGAUGGGGCUGAUGACUUCAAAGCAAAAGUUAAUAAUCCUGCUCUUAUUGAAGCAUUCGAGCAGUUAUCGAUUACUCCCGCAACAAGUGCAAUUAAGCAACUUGAAGUUAUUGACGGACUUACAAAGGAAUCAACCGGCAAGUUCUUCAGCUAUGACGGUAGUGAAAUCCCUUGGUAA